CCAAAAAUAUUUUCUACUAGAUUAAAAAGUUAAAUCCGUAAAAAGACUACGAUUUCGCACCAUUGAUCGUCCAACAAAGAUCUGCCAACUUUCUGCCGAAAAAAGAAAAUGAAUCUCUGUGACGUAAUCGACGCCAUCUUUACGCUCCCGUUUUUUGCGAAUUAUCGACGCGCUGAUUCUUCUUUCAAUUUCCUGCGCACGUUGCGCCAAUCGUGAUGGAUUCAAUUUUAAACAGAGACCACGCAUUGGAAUAUAUCCGUUAACUUUCACUAGAAAUUAUAGUUGGAAAGCAAUUAGAAACUUUUUUCUUUUCGGCCUGCGACGCGGCUGAGAAUAAUAUGGUCGAGCAAUUUCUUGGUCAGUUAAUUGUAUUUCCGGUGAACUUGAUCGUUACUUCGGGUCUUAUCUUAUGAUUUCUCUUCAUCCCUUCAAGUACGAAUUUCAAAAGAAGAUAAUCAUUUUCACUUCUUCUUCUUUUUUUCUUCUUCUUCCUCUUUUUACGAAUACGAAUCCCUUCGAGCACGUUUCGAUACGUCUUGUUCGUCUUGUUAUUUUACUUGUUGAAAUUCAGUCGCUCGAAAGUUUCGUUAAAUUUCUCGAGUGAUCGAAACUUUUUAAAUCUCUCGAAAAUCUUAAGAAGUUUUUAAAAGUCUCGAAAAACUUUCGAUAAUUUUCGUUCGCCCUUUAAAAAUCUUAAAUGUCGAGAUACGAAAAGAAAUGCAAAAGAAAGAAAGUAGAAUUUGAAACUCGAAGUACGAAACGAAUUGGAUAUAAUUUCAAUCGUUAAAAGAUAUGUAAUUCGCUUUCCUCUUCGAUAUCGCUUCGAAAUAUCGAGAGUCACGGGUGACGAUCAUUGACUGCGCACUAGGUAUGCAAUCGAGGAAAUAUAAAUUAACGAGGAGCCGGGUCGUUGACACGCCGUCGGUUAAACACGCCGGGAGAGUCGCGCGAGAUUUAACUCGAACGUUUUUCUCGACAAGGUUUUUUGCCGAUUAUAGAAAAGCCAAACCCAUUCGGUUGUCUCGCAUCGCUAAUCGCCGAAUAUAAAAGAUCUCGAGGAUCGUGCGUCGCAGACAUUUAACAGGUAACAUUGGCGACUAUCUAUCGCGUCUGUCGAGCUGGUGGUUCUAUCAUGCUGAUUAUUUUCACCGUUCUACUUAUAUCGGCGCUCAACUCUGCUACAGGGGUUGAAUUUUUCAGUGCAAGUUUCGCGAGACCGAGAAGAGGGAUCGUCGAGACGAGUCACGAUGACGGUAAACCUCGAUCGAUCGAUGUGGAGAAAAGUAGUCCAAGAUCGAAUUACAAAAAUGCCAAAAUUGUAAAGGAGCCGCCUCCAAUUGGUUCUACCGAUCCGCCAAUGUACGGUGAUAUAUUUAAACAAUCAUCGCCGUAUAUUAUUCCACCGUUCCAGACUCAGAACGUGCCAUUCCUGCCGUAUUCCGAUAAUUUAUUUACCAUAUCUGCCGGCUACAAAAUUGGAAACGACGACAAUUUUGGCAAACCGGUAAACCAAGCAAAGAUAUACAACCAGAAUGUGGCUGCAGGUACAAAGUUACAAAUUCCAGUGUACAAGACUAAUUAUCCAGCGAAAUCCAGCGAAACGUACGCGCCAGUUUUCCAAAACAAGAAAGCAUCGUUUCUCGAAGGGCAAAAGAGGGAACAGUUUCCCUCGUACUUGUCCAAUUUGCAGAACCAGCUCGUUUUGAAGCCAACGGUGGAAGACAAUCGGUUCAAUUUCGGGGAAGCGGAGACGCCCGAAAAGGUAAACACUGUUCAGCAACUGGGCUCCCAUUUUCUGUCGCCGUUUCUCAGUUUUCAAGGCCAAGUGAUCCCUAUUUCCACCGUGGCCAACAACGCGCCGUUCCCGCGCUACAAAGGCGCAGCAAUCCAGGUUUAUCCAACCGUGGCCGGGUUUUCAACCACGGCUUAUCAACCCCUCCAGGCACAGCAACAAUUCCAAUUUGGCCACGGUAUCGUCCAACCUGUUGACAAUUCGGGGCGCCCUCCUAGCCCGUCGCAGGAAAUUCGAUCAGACGUGGAGAUAAUCGACGAAAAGAAAUCUAGACCCCCGCCUAGGAGCGAUGACGACGACGGCGAUCGAACUGAUGACGACGACCAUGAUUACGCCCCUCCCGAGAGACAGUACGAGGCAAAUUCACAGGACGAUGAUUACGAGGUUAAGAGUUUUAAGGCGCCGCUGGCGGAGGGCGACUUUAAGCCUUCCACGUCGUUUCCAUUCAAGGAAUACGACGAGAAGUUUGGCAGAUAUUCGAAUCGUGAUAAAAUAGGGGGGGAUGAGAAGUCGGUUUCGAAGAAUCGUGAUUAUUCGUCGUCGGGCGACGAUGACGACGAGUCUUCGGCCAAGUAUCGAUCGGAGGACACCUCCUCGAAAGCUUUCUACGAUCGGCAAGAGGAGGAAGAGGGUGAAUACGAUGACGUGGACAAGCCACGUGACUACGAAAGACGGAGGACGAAAGAGGAAAAAGAUUCGGAGGACGAGGAAUUCGAUGCGUCGUAUAAAGCGAAAUUAUCGAAACAAAAAAUAAAACACGGGUCGUCGAAAGGAGGGAGGAACAUCUACGAGAUCGAAGAUCCUUCGAGCGAGGGAAGUCAAAGGAAUUUCAGGUAUUACAAAGAUACAGGAGGGUAUAGCUCAGUACCUGAAACGAAGGUAUACGAAGGAGGUUUUGGAUAUAAAAUAUUUGGAAGACGUGCGGUAUUAUAAAAUCCACGAUUUAUCUGCGUUGAUGUUCAAAGUACAAUUAUAUCCGUUCCAAUUUUUGUUGUGUUGUUUGUAUCGUUACGUUUGUUACUAUAUACACAUAUAGAAACGUGUUACAUAAAUCUACGUUACAAUAAUUAAA